ACCAGCCGCAGGAGUCGCGGUGAAGCAGCAGGGGCGUUUCUGUAGAGCGCUGAGUGCGAAGGAUGUGUGAGGGGUGCGCAGCGUGCGAGAGGUCGUUGCAGAGGGGUGGGAGAAGGGUAACGGGGGGGACGUGUGGAUGAGAGAGCAGAGGAUGUCGGGGUUGGUUGUCACGACGGCGGACCUCGAGAAAGCAACGCGACAGGGCGAUGGCGGCUGGAGGGCGACACGAGAUGCCACGGCGACGUCAAAGGCAGGGAGAGGACCUGAAGCGGGCCGCGAGGUGUGGCUCAGGACAACGAAAAGACAUGCAGGGUCAGGUGCUGUGAAAGGCAAUGAUGGCGGCGAGGGGCCCCGAGGUUGGAUGGGGGACGACUGGAGCUUGGCGCUCCCUGAUGUGGCUGUCCGCCGUGCGAUUUUCAAGGCAGAAGGCCCGGUCAAGCAGCGCUGGAGUAACGAGACGCGAGCAGGCGCCCAGUAGUAGUGAAGCACUACGGAUUGAGCUGUCGAUCGGGCAAUCGGGCCAGCAGGUGCAAAAAGAACCUUGGAAGCCUUUGCCCUCUCGAACAAUAAAGCGUUGGGCUUGGCGGAUCCCAGCCCUGGAGAGCGCCGCAGCGGAGAUGUGACGGCCCGCAUCAUCGACAUCAAAGCUCGCUUCCAAAAUUUUGGGCGGGCUGGAGGCCGACCCAGCUCCAUCGAACCCUCCCUCCGUCCACAACGUAUCCACCUCAUAUCAAAGCCAAUCAAUCAAUCAAUCUAACGCGUCCCCCGCUAACACUCCAUGGAUGCGUAUGGCCGCUCGUUUCUUUGUGCCAGAUGAUGGCUAACCGAAUGACAGUCUCACGCCCGCAGAGCAGCGCGAGCUCGAGGGCCGCAUGCAGAAGAAGCAGAUGAAGGAAUUCAUGAACGUAAGACAGUCUCGGUAGUGUCCAUGUCCACUGCCAUCCCGACGCUGACAGAUCCGGCCAU